UUAGAGAGAGAGAGAGCAGGGGAGGGGCAGAGAGAGAGAGGGAGACAGAGAAUCCCAAGGAGGCUCUGUGCAGAACCUGCUGCAGGGCUCGAUCCCUUGAACUGAGAUCAUGACCUGGGCCAAAAUCCAGCGAUGCUCAAUAGUCUGAGCCACUCAGGUGCCCCUUGUCUGUGUCUUUAGAUUUCACCCUGAUCCUGUGAAGUGAGGCAAUGUUUCCCCAUUUCACAGGUGGGGAAACUGAGGCUUUGAAAGAUGAAGUGGCUAAGCAUGGGGUUCCACAGCUAGUAAGUGGCAGGGGUGGUUUGUACUUGAACACAGUUCAGGGAGCUCCGUCUGAGGAGGGGAGGUAAGGGAUGAGGUGUUUCUGAUGGGAACAGCCUAGACAGGGUUUGUUCUGGGACCAAGGGUAGGGGUGGCAGGCUGGUCAGAGUGUGGUGUAUGGAUUCAAGCAGCGGGGCUGGGUGAAGGCCCUGGGUUGCUUCAGUACCUGCUGCAGAGGACAAGUGACUUGGACAUCCUUGCUGAGGGUCACCUUCUUUCCUGCCUUCCUUUUGGGGUAUGGGAGAAAUCCCGUGUGGGCUUUCCCACCUCACAGUGUAGUCACUGAGUGGCAGGUGUGUGAGUGACUUUGGGCAGUGUAAAAUGAGAGUUCUCAGUGGCUAAUCUGAGGCUGGAGGCCAGGCAUGGGGGUAUAGGGGGAUGGGAGCUACAUGCUUUUGGGCUGCGCAGAAAGGACAGGUACAGGUCAGGAUCCUGUCUUGAAGAGUAGCUCCCCGGAUGCCCGGUGGCUCAUUCGUCGGUGUCCGAUUUUGGCUCAGGUCAUGAUCUCGCAGUUCACAAGUGCAAGCCCGGUGUCAGGCUCUGUGCUGACAGCUUGGAGCCUGCUGCGUAUUCUGUGGCUCCCUCUCUCUCUGCUCCUCCCUAGCUCACGUUCUGUCUCUCUCAAAUAAAUAAAAACAUUAAAAAAAAAAAAAAGUGUGCCCCCUUCCCCACAACUUCUGAUUGGUAUGCUGGUGUUAUUCCCAGGGGGCUGUUUGAGGGUACUCUGGUACCGUGGUGGCAAUCUUGGCACCCAGGGUUGGUACCCAAACUUUUCUUGGCCAUUGGCUGCCCAGCUCCAGGAGACUGGCUGUCAGAGGGCAGUCUGGGAGGGCAAGAAGCAAGAGAUCCUGGGUGUCAGUGGACAAGGCUAACUUCACUGCUCACCUCGGAGUCUGAAGGUGUUGUGGAGGGGACAGAGGACCUUACAAUUCCUGUAAAUCAUGUUUACGUGUGCAAAACUUAGAAAGAAAUGUGAGAAACUUUCAGGCAUUUGCAGAAAAGCCCACUUUAUCUAGUACAGUAUCUGCGGGAUUAGCUGUCCAUUAUUGGAAUCGCUAGUUGGUCAGCAGUCAGGACCCCUGGUUGGCCAGCACUCCCACCAAUCAGAACUCCGGGUUUGCCAUGAUUCCACCAAUCAGAAUCCCGGAUUAGUCAACAUUCCACCAAUCAGAAACCCUGGUUAGUCCACGUUCUAUUAAAGAAACUGUCAGCUGGUACUUCUGGGGCUAUUUAGGUGAGUUACCCGGGAGGGUCUUGGUGGCAACCCAAGUCCUCACAAAAAACUGCAGCUUUGGGGUGAAAUCUGUUUUCUGGGACUUAAGGGUGCGCUAGGUUAGCCAGCAGCUGGUUCCUGAACCAGGAUGCUGGGCUGAUGGACUGGGCAAAAGGGAAAGAAUGGAUAGAACGUUGGGAAGAACCAGGAUGAACAAGCCUCUGCUCCCUGCCUGGGUCCUUCAUUCUCCUUUGGUCUCCCCGGCUCCUGGGCAUCCUGGGGAGAAGGAAGGAGCUGAGGGUCUGCUCCCCAGGGCAGAGGUUUUCGUGGGCAGAUGAGCUGGCUGGUUGGGGAAGGUGGGGCUGAACUCUGGUUUCUGGGGGGAUUGGGAGGGCAGUUGAUGGGACCUGGCUGGGAGGCAGUGGGGGCUGGAAAGUGCAGCUGCACCCUGCUCUGCCUGAUCUUUCAUGGGCAGGUCACUUCUGUGCCUGUCCCACUGUUUGUCAGGAGGGUCAGGGGCACACUAUCUGCUGAGGCCAUACACAGGGCUCUGGUAAGCAGUGGGGCCAUUUGUGAGCCAUCAGUAGUAGAGGGUGCCAUCAGCAGGUGAGGGGAGCCGAGCUUUGGCUUGGCAUCCGCAGGUGCCUGUUAAGCCCUGGUCUGGCUGUCUGACCUUGGGCUCUUCCCUUCCUCAGACCUUGGAUUCCUCAUUGCAACACAGUUACCCAGCUGGGUGUCCAUGGGAGUCAGAUGGGAAUAAUGUAAAUGUUCUGCAUGAUGGUUGUGCAUACCCCAUGCUUUGUCCUUUCUACAGGGUCAACUGUCAUCUGUCUGUCUGGGUGUCUGGCUUUGUGGGACGGUGCAGAGCCCACUCUGUCCUGUGGCCUUGCCAACAUUCCACUGACCCCUGAGACGCAGCGGGACCAGGAGCGGCGGAUUCGGCGGGAGAUCGCCAACAGCAACGAGCGGAGGCGCAUGCAGAGCAUCAACGCGGGCUUCCAGUCCCUCAAGACCCUCAUCCCCCACACAGAUGGAGAGAAGCUCAGCAAGGCAGCCAUUCUCCAGCAGACGGCGGAGUACAUCUUCUCCCUGGAGCAGGAGAAGACCAGGCUCCUGCAGCAGAACACACAGCUCAAGCGCUUUAUCCAGGAGCUGAGCGGCUCAUCCCCCAAGCGGCGGCGGGCAGAGGACAAGGAUGAGGGCAUUGGCUCGCCAGACAUCUGGGAAGACGAGAAGGCAGAGGAUCUGCGUCGGGAGAUGAUCGAGCUCCGGCAGCAGCUGGACAAGGAGCGCUCGGUGCGCAUGAUGCUUGAGGAGCAGGUGCGCUCGCUGGAGGCCCACAUGUACCCAGAAAAGCUCAAGGUGAUUGCACAGCAGGUGCAGCUGCAGCAGCAGCAGGAGCAGGUGCGGCUGCUGCACCAGGAGAAACUGGAGCGGGAACAGCAGCACCUGCGGACCCAGCUGCUGCCCCCCCCGGCCCCUACCCACCACCCUACAGUGAUCGUGCCGGCGCCACCCCCUCCCUCCCACCACAUCAACGUCGUCACCAUGGGCCCCUCCUCGGUCAUCAACUCUGUUUCCACGUCCCGGCAAAAUCUGGACACCAUCGUGCAGGCGAUCCAGCACAUCGAGGGCACCCAGGAAAGGCAGGAGCAGGAGGAGGAACAACGACGAGCUGUCAUCGUGAAGCCAGGCCGCAGCUGCCCGGAGGCCCACGCCUCCGACACUGCCUCCGAUUCGGAGGCCUCGGACAGCGACGCCAUGGACCAGAGCCGGGAGGAGCCAGCAGGGAAUGGGGGGCUUCCCUGACCACCCCCCAGCCCUCCUCUCCCCUCUUGGAGCUGGAGGGGGCCGGGGGGCAGCUACAGGGAGCAAACGCAGGCGAACGAGUGAGGAAUUUUUACAAAAUUACAACGUCAUUUGGGUCUCUUUUAUGACCUCUUUUUCAAUACUGUAAAUCGACCUUUGAGUGAAGCCACCCGACCUGAGGUCCCCGGGGGCUGGGGUGGCAGGGGCCUGUUGAGCACCGGGACACCUGGGGCUGGGCCUCGCCCCGGAGGCUGGGGGAAGCUGACACAGGUGCCUGGCCUCUCUCCGCCAAAAAGCAUUUUUUCAUUUAAACAUGUUUUUAAGAACAGGGAAAAAUCAAACAAAACCCCAAGGUAUGCUGCCCUCCCCAGAGCCAGCCCUAGACCGGCAGUUUCUGACUCCUUCCCUCCUCUUUUUGUUUUUUUCCUUUCUCCUUUAAGCACUUACAUGGGUUGGGGGUCUGGCUGGGUCGGAGCUCUCUGGGGACCCCGGGGGUCUACGUUGCUUCUCGGUUGGGGUUUGCUGCUGCCCUUCUCCCCUCCCCUCCCGGCCUCGGCUCAGCUCGAGGAUUUCCCCACCACCACCCAGCCCCACCCCUCCCUCCAGGUUUCCCAUCUUCCACCCCAAAAAUGUCUUUGUCUCUCUCUUUUUGUUGUUUGUUGUUGGUUCCUUUUGGUUUUGGUUUUUUAUCUUUUUGUUUUGUUUUUGUUUUGUUUUUUUUAUUUUUGUUUUUUUUUUUAAACAAUUUUGAGGUCUUUGUGUUCAAGGAGAAGCUAUUAUAUUUUGUUAAGAAAGUGGGGGGAAAAACCAAGAGGCCACCGUGCCUUUAUAAAGAAACAAAAUAAAGUUUGUACUUUGUUUUUUA